UGCUCGCUCGGCGCGCAGCGGCCGGGAAUGGGGGAGCUGCUGCUGCUGCUCUGCCCGCGCCCCGCGGCUCCGGCGCCGCCUCCUGCUUUCUCGGCCUGAAGCGCUCCUGCACUAGUGGAUCCCGGCGGGGAAGGGGCCAUGGGCCGCCUCCCCGAGGCGCGGCGGCUGUGAGGCGGCCGGCGUUCGCUCGGGGAGCCGGGGGAAGGCUGCCGGCUGCCGGCCAGCCCGCGCCGGGGAGGGGAGUGCCGCUCGCAGGCGGCGGCGGGCGCGCAGGCAGCACCUCGGUGCCGGUGACUUGGGGGUGCCGCUGCCCGCCCGCGCCCGGCCGCGGCGGUGCAUGGAUGCGCCAUGGCCACGCUGGUGUGCCGGGUGCAGCUGCUGGAUGACACCGACCCCUUCAACAGCACCAACUUCCCCGAGCCCACCCGGCCGCCGCUCUACACUUUCCGAGAGGACAUCCCGCUCGCCACCCAGCUGGCCGGGGUGCACCGCCUGCUCCGCGCCCCGCAGAAGCUUGAUGACUGCACCCUACAAUUGUCUCACAAUGGUACCUAUCUGGAUCUAGAAUCUACCCUAGCAGAACAAAGAGAUGAAUUAGAAGGCUUCCAGGAGGAUGCUGGGAGAGGCAAGAAGCACAGUAUAAUUCUGAGGACCCAGCUGUCGGUGAGAGUCCAUGCCUGCAUUGAAAAACUUUACAAUUCCAACGGACGGGAACUGAGACGAGCACUUUUUUCCUUGAAACAAAUAUUUCAGGAUGACAAGGACUUGGUUCAUGAGUUUGUUGUUGCUGAAGGUCUGACUUGCUUAAUCAAAGUGGGAGCAGAGGCCGACCAGAAUUAUCAGAACUACAUCCUGAGAGCUUUGGGCCAGAUAAUGCUCUAUGUCGAUGGCAUGAAUGGAGUAAUAAAUCAUAAUGAAACUAUCCAGUGGCUGUACACACUUAUUGGGUCAAAGUUUCGCCUGGUGGUAAAGACAGCGCUGAAGCUGCUGCUGGUGUUUGUGGAGUAUACUGAAUCCAACGCACCGCUUUUAAUCCAGGCAGUGUCUACUGUUGAUGAAAAGAGAGGAACCAAGCCAUGGUCCAACAUCAUGGAGAUACUGGAGGAGAAGGAUGGAGUUGAUACCGAGCUACUGGUUUACACAAUGACCUUGGUUAAUAAGACGCUGUCGGGAUUGCCAGAUCAAGACUCUUUCUACGAUGUGGUGGAUUGUCUGGAAGAGCUAGGCAUUGAAGCUAUUUCACAGAGACACUUGAACAAGAAAGGAACAGACUUGGACUUAGUUGAGCAAUUUAACAUUUAUGAGAUGACACUGAGGCAUGAAGACGGAGAUGAGAGUGCUGACCCCCCUCCCAGUGGGCGCAAGGAUCGGAGAAGGGCCAGCCUUGGUGCUGGUGAGAGAAGGGGGUUAGAGCGCCGACGGAGCCGCAGGCACUCAGUACAGAAUGUCAAAAGCACUUUAUCAGCCCCUGCGAGUCCAUGUGGCCAGUCCAGCUUCAUGCUAGGCCAUGGACAGCGUGUUGACGAACUCAGUGAGAGAGAGGACGAGUAUGAAGAGGAGGAAGAAGAACAGCCAGUCACAGAGCCCAACACUGAGGAUGAGGGGGAGGAAGAGGCCAAUAGGCAGGUCAAAGCCAGUGAGGUUCAAGGUGUGCGUGAGGCUGUGAAUGGAAACUUUUCACAGUGUUCUUCAGCUGUCUCCAGUACCAUUUCUCCAGCUGAGAGGUCUCUUUCCUGCUCCAGAGCAAAGAGCUCUUCUAGCAGCUCCGCUUCUGUACCUGACUCAUCUGUCUGUCAUCAUAAUUCUGUCCUUUCAUCAUCAUCUUCACCUGCGACAGCAUUACUGAGCUCUCCCCAAAAUUCCUCAGCAUCCAUUACUCCAAAGGCAUCUCCAACGGUGGAGAAAUUACCUUAUGUACCACAUACUCCUUUUCACCUCUUCUCAUAUGACUUUGAAGAGUCUCCAGCAUCUGUGAAAGAGAAGGAAGCAGAAAUGAUGAGGGAAAACAGAUACAAUAGCUAUGGCAGCAGCUCUUACUCUUCUCCACGACCCUAUGCUGGUGUGAGUGCUCCUACAACCCCCACUACUCGUUAUGGGACAACUCUGUCACCACCUCAAGAGACCAAAUCUGACAGGCCAGCUUUGGGUGGUCUCCUUACAUCAUCUUUUCGGCAGCACCAGGAGUCCUUGGCAGCUGAAAGAGAAAGACGGCGUCAGGAGAGAGAAGAAAGGUUGCAAAGGAUAGAACGUGAAGAAAGAAACAAAUUCAACCGCGAUUAUUUAGACAAAAGAGAAGAGCUAAGACAAGCAAGAGAAGAGAGAUACAAAUACUUGGAGAAGUUGGCAGCAGAGGAGUAUGAGAAGGAGCUGAAGAGUCGGAGUGUAAGCCGAGGCAGAAGUGAGCUGUCCUUGAACCUGAGAUCUCCUUCAGCUCCAUCCUCACCUGUACCCAAGUGUGUCAGCCCAGCAUCCAUAGAGUCCCAGGAAGAGCUGAAGACCCCUUCCACCCCUUGUGGGACCCCUCAGCCCUCAGAAGUGAGUGCCAGUGAACCUGAACCAGAGACAGAGACAGAACCAGAACCAGAACCAGAGCAGGAGGCUGAGGCUGAGGCCAAGCAGGGAACGGAGACAUCCAAGGAAAUAGAGGCUACAGAGGUGGGACCAGAGAGUGAGGUGGAACAAGGACCAGAGAGAGAGCCAGAAGAAAGUGCAAUACUCAGUGAAAAAGAGAGGCAGAAUGAGGAAGUAAAUGAAAAAGACAACUGCUCUGCAUCCAGUAUAUCCUCAGCAAGCAGCACUUUAGAGAGGGAAGAGAGAGAGGACAAGUUAACCAGUGACAAUGAAACUGGUCCAUGGUCACAGACCAUUCAGGAUGCUGGUGUGAAUGAGCAGUGCAGCAACAUCCUCAACAACAAGCGGUUUAUGUUGGACAUGCUGUAUGCGCAUAACAAAAAGCCCAAGGAUGAAGAGGAGAAGGAGCUGGAGGCGAAGGAGGAAAAGAAGGAGACGGAGGAAAGUGAGGAGUCACUUACUAGCCUAGCCAGUAGGAUCUCUAUUCUUCAGGCCACCAAGCAGGCCAAAGAUGAAAGUGUCAAAAAGAUGGAGAUUGGAAAUCUGGAAAACCAAGGCAGUGUGAAAGCCUUUGCAGAAAAAUUCAGCAGUGGUGAGCUGGCUAAGGGGACAGCCGGGCCUGAAGAUGAAAUCAGUGAACAGGUCCCCGAGAAAACACCAGCACAGCCAAAGAAGGAAUCUGAUUACAUCUGGGAUCAGCUCAUGGCUAAUCCUAGAGAACUUAAAAUCAAAGACAUGGAUUUUACAGACUUGGGGGAGGAGGAUGAUGUAGAUGUGUUGGACAUGGAUAUGGGUCCUGGGGACUCCCUUGUUCCCCCUCCUCCACCUCCACCUUCUUUUCUGGGUUUGCCUCCUCCACCACCUCCCCCCUUGUUUGGAUGUCCACCUCCACCUCCACCCUCUGCUAAUUUAUUGGCUCCUCCUCCACUCUUCAGCACUCCUCAGGGUUUAGGGUCACCCCAGGUUUCUAGGGGUCAGCCAGCAUUUAUAAAGAAGAAGAAAACCAUCCGUCUGUUUUGGAAUGAGGUACGGCCAUUUGAGUGGCAGUGUAAAAACAACAAACGCUGCAGAGAAUUCCUGUGGUCGAAACUGGAACCCAUUAAGGUGGACACUUCCAAACUGGAGCAUCUCUUUGAGUCUAAAUCCAAGGAACUGCCUGUCACAAAGAAAACUGCUGCAGAUGGGAAGCGACAGGAGAUCAUUGUAUUGGACUCAAAACGAAGCAAUGCUAUUAAUAUUGGCUUGACUGUGUUGCCCCCUCCUCGCACUAUCAAGACUGCUAUUUUGAACUUUGACGAAUAUGCCUUAAACAAGGAAGGAAUAGAGAAAAUCCUGACCAUGAUCCCAACUGAGGAGGAAAAGCAAAAGAUCCAGGAGGCACAGCUGGCGAAUCCCGAUGUCCCCCUGGGCAGCGCCGAGCAGUUCCUUCUCACCCUUUCCUCCAUCAGCGAACUUUCUGCCAGGCUCCAGCUCUGGGCUUUCAAGAUGGACUACGAGAUAGUGGAAAAGGAAGUUGCAGAACCACUGCUAGACCUGAAGGAAGGAAUGGACCAACUGGAGCACAAUAAAACUUUGGGAUUUAUCCUUUCUACUCUACUAGCUAUUGGGAACUUUCUGAAUGGAACCAAUGCCAAAGCUUUUGAGUUAAGCUACCUCGAGAAGGUUCCAGAAGUCAAGGACACAGUGCACAAACAGUCCCUCCUGCACCAUGUCUGCACUAUGGUGGUGGAAAAGUUCCCAGACAGCACUGAUCUGUAUUCAGAGAUCGGGGCCAUCACUAGGUCAGCCAAGGUUGACUUUGAACAACUCCAGGAAAACCUGUGUCAGAUGGAAAGACGGUGCAAAGCAUCAUGGGAUCACCUUAAGGCUAUAGCAAAGCAUGAAAUGAAGCCAAGUCUAAAGCAAAAAAUGUCUGAGUUCCUUAAAGACUGUGCAGAAAGAAUCAUAAUCCUGAAGAUUGUUCAUAGAAGAAUAAUUAACAGGUUUCACUCGUUUUUGUUAUUUAUGGGUCAUCCUCCCUACGCAAUACGAGAAGUCAACAUCAAUAAGUUUUGCAAAAUUAUUAGUGAAUUUGCUCUGGAAUACCGCACCACCAGGGAACGAGUUCUGCAGCAAAAACAGAAACGAGCUAACCACAGGGAAAGAAACAAGACCAGAGGGAAAAUGAUAACAGAUACUGAUGAAGAGGAGGAUGCUGAGUCUGGCAAGUUCUCCAGCAGCUCACCCCCAUGCCAGAGCCAGCCACAGGGGCUGCAGUACGCCGAGGACGCUGCUGAGCACGAGAACAUGAAGGCUGUGCUGAAGACCUCCUCCGUUGGCGGGGAAAGCACCAUGGCGCUCGGGGUCCGCACUCGCAGCCGGGCCAGCCGAGGCCGUAUCGGUUCAUGGAACGCUGGCAAUGAUGAUUCACCAAACGCAACAGAUGACGCAGCGGAUGAGAUCAUGGAUCGCAUUGUAAAGUCCGCCACCCAAGUGCCAAGCCAGCGAGCGGUGCCUAGAGAGAGGAAGCGGUCACGAGCAAAUAGGAAGUCAUUGAGAAGGACACUAAAAAGUGGGCUAACACCAGAAGAAGCCAAAGCACUGGGCCUCAUCAGCACUUCUGAGAUGCAGGUUUGAUAUCCCAGAGGUGGCAACUAGAAGAGCCAUUCAUCUGAAGCACACAGGCUGACAACCCUUCAGUGUGACAUUGAGCUGCCAGCCUCUUCUGCUGCUCCCAACAUCCUGUCCUCUGUUAGUUCAAUUUUAAUAAACAACAAAAAGCAAAACCCCACAGCCAGGGCAGAAGAAGAGUGUGCCACAGCUCAGCAUGUCAUCGCAACAGUAACUGAAGAAGCAUUUCAGUGCUUGUAGGUGAAAGCAUAUAGCUUCUUCUUCUCAUGGUGUGUUGAUGUGGGUAGGAGGGGGCUCUCUGAAUUAUCUGUCAUUAUGUGAGCUGUGUUUACGUUGGCUUUUCUUGUGCCCUGUUUUAGUCAUGGUAAAUGUAUGGCAUUUUGUCAAUGCAAGGAAUGGUCCUUAAAGAGGCAAAAUAACUCAUGUUACAGCAAACCCAAUUUUUCUGAAGCAGAUUCAUUAAGAAAAGAUGUGCAGUCUGUGCAACCCAGUGCUUUAUUGGUUUUUUUAAUUAUUUUGCCACCAAAGAAUGUAAAAAUGUAUGUGUACCUUUGUAUAUGUACAGAAUGAAUGUGUGGACAUGUGUAUGUGUAUCUGUACAUAUACAGUCAUGGUGUGAAAUCAUGCUCUUGCUGAAGCUAGCUGGACCACGAUUUUCACUGUGGGGCCUUACUGUUCCACCUGGACAGGAGGAAAAGAAUGUCUUCUUUGUAGGAACUCAGUGUUAUUCAGUGGGAUUCACCCUGUGGGGCAGGAGAUGGCCUGCAAUACAAGUGGAGAAUUUAGGAUCCUUAAUUCAUAUGUAUUAAUACACACUCAUACUGUACAUAGCAGCAUGCACACAGAGGAGCGAAUGCAAUUCCUGCCUCUUGUUGAGCUAUGGCUGUACUGUGCAUUUGUACAGUUUCAGAGAGAUCUGUGUCAACAAUUUUACAUACUCUAUAAAUGAAUUUGGACGCUAAGUUCAAGAAGUUUUGUUCAUUUGCCUGUGCCCUUCAUGCUGCUUUUCUCUGCUGCAAGAUAAUGUGGUGGUUUGGGUUUUUUUUCAAAUUAAUGACUGAAUAUGAAAUAGCCCUGCUAAAAAGCCUGUUGUGUUUUUGCUGUUCUUUACUGGUUUUUUGUGAUUAUCCUUGAUACGAGUGGAAUGGGUACCACAGUAAACAACUCCAAUAUAUUUGCCCUUAUCUCACUGUUUUAUAACUGACUUUUAUAACUGCCCUCAGCAUGUUUGAAGAACCUUUUGUCAACUCAUCUGCCUUUAAGUGGAGUACAUACGCAGCAGUGAAGAUGAAUUGAACACAGUCAACCCAGCCAGCGCUGAAGUAUUUUGAAGAUAACUACAAACAACAAUAACAGAAAAGGGAACUUUUUAAGCCAAAGUCUGUAUAUGACCAUUUGAUCCUCAAGAAUGCACAAGAUUGUGUCUUUCCAUUGCCUUAGCCUCUAAGAUUAAGGGUGUGUCUGCAGAGCAGUAACAGCUGAGGCUUCCUUCAAGCUAGUUAACUGGGGAACUGCUGCAGUUUAGUUAUGGUAACAGGGUUCAAUUUUGGCUACAAAACACACUUGGAAAAUAGAAUUAAAUAAGAGUCUAUGCUGGGUUCCUAAUGCCAUAGCUGUGUUGCUUCUGGCACCCAAGCGAGGUCAGGUGCUUCACAUAUUCUUCUCUACUCUCAGUAAGGACAGGAUAAUUGCUGAAGAUUGUUGAGGAUAGUUGAACCAAACACAAUAAAACUUUGAAACCUUGGUCACCUAUCACAUCGCGUCGAGCACAGCAUCCAAGUGAUGAGAGAACCAGGUAGCUGACAACACUGCAAUGAGAUCUGUAGUUGAACAUCCCAUCAGUGCUGCCCACCCUCUUGAUCAUAACAUUUCAUUCUUUACCUGCCGAUGCCUUGGAUCUUCCAUGGAGUAAAAAGUCACUAAUGAGCAAAGGUUCUUAAGGACAGCAUUAAGUUCAAUGUUUUUUUCCCCUCAACUUGUUAAAAAGCCAGUUUUACAAGUAGGCAGAAGGCAGUAGUUGGGUAAUUAAUAAAAUAUGUUGUAUAUUUGAAAGCCAUGGAAAGGAGGAAGCUGGUUGGGAAACAGAAGUGGCAUGUAACUAAUUUCACUGCAAAAUAUGCAGGACCUACGAGCAUCUGGAUUUUAAAGUGGAUCUUUAUGUGCUGCUCACCAUUAUGGACUUUUAAAAUCUCUCUUAAGGAUGCUCAGAACAAAGAAAUGAAGGUAAUGGGGGUUCGUGGAGGUCUUUGAUGUCUGAAACAAGAGGAAGAUGCCCUGAAUGUAAUGGUUAUGUUGAACUGUGCUACUUGCUAAGUGAUAAAAGAAGCAGAAAUGCAACAAAAUGCAUUUAUGCUGACAGAGAUCCUAUGUUUGACUGGGAGGAGAAAAUCAAACAAGUUUUUAAAUCUGAUAUUUUAAUUAAAAUAUUCUGAACGUGCAAAAUAGGUGGCUAUUGGUGACCACUUGCUAACAGGGAACAAAGUUGUGGUUUUUUUAGACAAAGUGCAGGAUCUGUCUCUGAGACAUAACAUAACUGAUGAAUUACUAAUAGUUGGGCAUAUGUAUUUUCCAAGAAUUGUGCAAAAAUGUGCAAAACUUUAUAUGCUCCUUAUCAAGGAGAACAUUAAAUAUGGGAAAUAAUAAGGGUUAGAAUAAGUUUGGGGGAAAAAAAAAGAUGGUUUCUUUUGGAUUUUCUGGAUGCAAAUGUCCUACAUGUGAAGCAUAUUCUUCCUUGUCCAUUUUUCCAUUAUGUUUGUUUUUCCAUUUGUGCUCUCUAUCUGUAAAACCAAUACCAUUUUUUAUUGAAGAAUAACUUGGUCUUGUUUAUGCAGUAGUAUACAGUCGGAUUAAUUCCACUGUCCUCAGUGUUUAUUGCAGCAAGAUCAUCAGACGCGGUAACAAUUCAAUAACUACAGAAAAUAUUUCCAUUCCAGUUCCUGAUAAAAAUGGCCAGCAGCCCUAUGUGCUAAUCUGUAAGGUGGUAGUGUUUCCUCCGGAGUCAGCCAACAUGUCCUGACUGUGAGAAUAACUUUUGUUCCCCUUCAUCUAACUAGUGGAUUUCAGAUGAAAUGGAGGAAUUCGUAAUAUCUGCAUACCUCUCUCUGUCUGUCUAAUGAGAUUGUAACCUUCGGGUUUUGGGUUGCUGCCUGCCCCUCCAUCAUCAGAAGUGCCCACCAUAAGGAUGUAACACUUGCUUUAAAACAUGUGUGAGAUAUGGAUUGGUUUGUAACAAAUAUAAAAGUCUUGGAUACACGAUGUAGUAACACAUGUUCCCAUUUCUCACUUAGAGAUACAUGAAGGCUGUUUUUAAACACUUGUAGCCAUAAUAACUACCUCUCUUCCCUUUCCCAUAGUACCAGUCAGCUGCAAAUGUGGUGCCCGGAGUUUUGUAUCUCCACCAAGCUCUCAGAGUCACUGCUGGUGUUCAUUUCAGCACCCACCUGCUGCCAAUAACUUGUCUGUCUUGGCACUUGUCUGCCACCAUAAUGCCUUCCUGAUCUGGAUGCUGAGGUAAACUUUAGCAUACAUAAUACCUGCCAAAGGGAAGCUAUCCUAAUUUCCUUUCAUCUUGUGUGGUGUUCAAAAGCAGACUACAUACAAUUACUUUGUAUUCCCUCACUCCCAACCUAGGGAUAACGUUAAGUAGCAGUUAUGUGGCUACAGUGAAGAAACACCCCCAGGAAAUGCUUGUGUACCAUGAUCAAGAGUGAAAGAUCCAUCACAAAAAUUAAAUUCAUCACUCUUCACCUUUCAGUCAGGCCAGGCACCAGACUCAUGGAUUCCAGAUGUUUUAUAGCCCAUUGGCUGCUAUGUAUGACCCUUCUGUUUGAUAGAUCCCUGUCUAUAAUCCAAAAUCAACGAAAAAGUAGUGGUUUAAUGAGAAUCUUUCUUGCUCCAAUAAACACUGGAAGCAGCCUUAAAAGCAGUUUUCAAAAUAAAUUUCUUUUUCUGUUUUGACCCCCUUUUAUAGUAAAUAUCUGCAGUGAUUGACUCCGUCAGCAAAGUAAGGCAUCAGUUUUGUAGAUAGACAAGACUUUGGCUUUAGCAUAAUAGAAAGUCACAUGAGAAUAUCAAGAUAAGAGUUAAUGUCCCGAUUUAAUAGAAAUUUGGAGUUAGAGUCUUGAUGUGAGUGAACAGCAAGGGCCUCCUGCAAGAUCAUGCAUGACAGCACCUUAAGUCGCUGGUGUGCUGUGCUCUAAGUGUAGCCUGGCCAACACUAGGACUUCAACAUGUGCUGCAACCCCAAAGGUCACAAUGUCACUGUAGGUGCAGUGAAUGCUUCCUUUUGUCAGGCACUCGGCCUGCAGCAGCCUCCCUGGUGAUGUAACAACAGCAAGUAGCGGUCCAAAAUGCUUUAGAAGCCAUUUGGUUGAUGGCAGGAGUCUGGAUUCAGGUACACUGUGCAUUUUGGUUAUUGCAAUGCUUUGAUUUCACUGAGAUGAAGGUGGCAGCCCACCAGUUUCACAUCCUUCCUCCUUCCACCGCAACUCAUAGGCAGGCGUACACACUGCCUGCCUCCAUAUAAAGGAUGCACAGGGAUAUGGUGUUAGACAGAAGCAGGAGCAUAUUUGUCUCUCUUUUUCACUCCUGUACAAUCACUACACAUUCCAGUCCUCUAAUGAGGAUUUGAGGUGGGCUGUGACACAUUCGGAUGGUGGCUCUGUACUUCCAGCAUCGGGAUGCACGAAACACUUGUCUAAGCUGUAAGGGCUAUGGUUGUUGAUGUUUCUCUGCAGGAAAAACUGCCAGGUAUUUACAGGCUCUGAAAGAAAACAAUCUGAAGUGUUAUUGAAAGAGAAAAUGUUUGGUUAUAGGCAACGGUUGGAAGAUCACUCACAAAGACUUGAACAACACACAAGGCCCACCUUCCUUCUUCAGCUGGGGCAGAAACUGCCUCAAUUGGCAUUUCAGAUGUGAUCCCAAGAAGUUUUUAGGAAGCAGUUUAAUAGUUACAUAGCAAAGUAAUGCAAGGAGUUGCAGAGAUUGUAUAGUUUUAUGUUUAUGCAAAAAAAAAAAAUUAUAAUUAUUUCUAAUUAGUCCAUUUCACACUGAGUGGCAGAUAGAGAUAUAUUUUGUUUAAUCAUUAUCUAAUACAGAGGCUUCUGUGAAAGAAAAGGUGUAUUUGUAGCAUUGGGUGCAUUUCUCCUUUUUAAAGACUGUCUUUGCGCGUAUAGUGUCCUUUUUUUUGUGAGCUGGGAAUUGUAAAAAAAUGUAAAGUAGAAAAGGACGUGUUUCUUAGACAAAGGAGAAAUACUGUAAAAUUGUGUAAAUGUCACUACUCAUGUUUUUUCAUGUUCUGUGUAGCAUAGUGUAAAAUAGGCUCUCCAGCAGUGUUAUUCUGUGAAUUGUAAUUUAAAAAACAAGCCAUGCAUGGUCAGAGAUGUUAUCUACAGGUCCUUUUGGUUGAGUUUUUGGUUUUGUUUGUUGUUUUCUCAUUUUAGAUGAAUUCGUUCUAUGUUAAAUUUAAUUGUCCAUGAAACUGCAUUUUUGUUUCUGUUUUAUUUCAUAAAGAACUUGAACUACUCUUUUAAGAUUUUAUUACACACGAAGCUCACCUACCGUUUGUAUUGAUCUUUCAGAAGUUGUGUCACAUUUAGUGUAAAACAGGGGGAUUUUCUUUUUAUCUGCCUCUUCUUCCCCCCACUCUCCCCACUUUACUGUCUGGAAAGAUCCAAUGACACUUUUUGUUUUUUCUGUGCCAUGCAGGGUCAAUAUGGAAAACUGACCACAGACCUGUGUCCAAAAUUUCUUGAUAUAAGUAGUUAAAAAGCUCACCUCUACAGCAUUAUGUAAACACAUCUUGCAAUAAAGCUUUAUAAAGCA